UGUGACUUGUAUUGACCAAUGGAAUCUGGCAGAAGUGACACUGGGCUACUUCCACAGCUGACUUGAGAUAUGCAGCCUCGGCUUUCUGUUUUGGGGCCCUAUCCUCUUGAAACCCAGCUACCAGGUAGGAAGUCUGUCUUCCCUGGGAUUAAUCUUGCUGUGAGAAGAUCCAAGUUGGCCACGUGGAGAGAGCAAGACUGUGUCUGGGAGCCCUACAGCACCACCCUUGAGAGUGAAGUCUUUUCAGACCUUCCAGUCCAGUCCACCAGCUGAAUGCAGCCGAGUGAGUGACCCCAGGUCAUGCCGUGUGGAACAGAAGAACCAGCCAGGUAUGUGUUGGGUGGCAAGCUAGAGAGAAUUAACAGUGGCUCAACUACGUAAUGCGUUCUCCAGCCACGAGAGGUCUUGAGGCAGACAGACCUGGGAUGGUAGCUCACUACCACCAUCAGGGAUCCAAUCUCCUCCUAUUUUCUGCUUCAAUGGCCUUAGCAUGAAGCUUUCAUCUUCAAGGCUCAUCACUGCCUUUCCAGAGAUGGGUGUUAUGCCUGAAAUUGCUCAAGCUGUGGAAGAGAUGGAUUGGCUUCUCCCGACUGAUAUCCAGGCUGAGUCCAUACCACUGAUCCUAGGAGGAGGUGAUGUCCUUAUGGCUGCAGAAACAGGAAGUGGAAAAACUGGUGCUUUCAGUAUUCCAGUUAUUCAGAUAGUUUAUGAAACUCUGAAAGACCAACAAGAAGGCAAAAAAGGAAAAGCGACAAUUAAAACUGGUGCUUCAGUGCUGAACAAAUGGCAAAUGAACCCAUAUGAUAGAGGAUCUGCUUUUGCAAUUGGGUCAGAUGGUCUUUGCUGUCAGAGCAGAGAAGUAAAGGAAUGGCAUGGAUGUAGAGCUACUAAAGGAUUAACGAAAGGGAAACACUACUAUGAAGUAUCCUGUCAUGACCAAGGAUUGUGCAGAGUUGGGUGGUCUUCUAUGCAGGCUUCCCUAGACCUAGGUACUGACAAGUUUGGAUUUGGCUUUGGUGGAACAGGAAAGAAAUCUCACAAUAAACAAUUUGAUAAUUAUGGAGAGGAAUUCACUAUGCAUGAUACCAUUGGAUGUUACCUAGACAUGGAUAAAGGGCAUGUCAAAUUCUCCAAAAAUGGAAAAGACCUUGGUCUGGCAUUUGAAAUACCACCACAUAUGAAGAACCAAGGCCUCUUUCCUGCCUGUGUUUUGAAGAAUGCUGAACUAAAGUUCAACUUCGGGGAAGAAGAAUUUAAGUUUCCACCAAAAGAUGGUUUUGUUGCCCUUUCCAAGGCACCGGACAGUUUCAUUGUCAAAUCGCAGCACACAGGUAAUGCUCAGGUGGCACAAACGAAGUUUCUCCCCAAUGCUCCAAAAGCUCUCAUUGUCGAACCUUCCCGAGAGUUGGCUGAACAAACUUUGAAUAACGUCAAGCAGUUUAAGAAAUAUGUCGAUAAUCCUAAAUUAAGGGAGCUUCUGAUAAUUGGAGGUGUUGCAGCACGGGAUCAGCUGUCUGUUUUGGAUAAUGGGGUAGAUAUAGUUGUUGGCACUCCAGGAAGACUGGAUGAUUUGGUGUCUACUGGAAAGCUGAACUUAUCCCAAGUUAGAUUCCUGGUCCUGGAUGAAGCUGAUGGGCUUCUUUCUCAAGGUUACUCUGAUUUUAUAAAUAGGAUUCACAAUCAGAUUCCUCAGAUUACCUCUGAUGGAAAAAGACUUCAGGUGAUCGUUUGCUCAGCCACUUUGCACUCUUUCGAUGUGAAGAAACUGUCUGAGAAGAUCAUGCACUUUCCCACCUGGGUUGAUUUGAAAGGAGAAGAUUCUGUUCCAGAUACUGUCCACCACGUUGUUGUCCCAGUGAAUCCCAAAGCUGACCGACUCUGGGAAAGGCUUGGGAAAAACCACAUCAGGACUGAUGAAGUACAUGCAAAAGAUAAUACAAGACCUGGUGCUAACAGUCCAGAGAUGUGGUCUGAAGCUAUUAAAAUCCUGAAGGGGGAGUACGCUGUCCGAGCAAUCAAGGAACACAAGAUGGACCAAGCAAUUAUUUUCUGCAGAACCAAAAUCGACUGUGAUAACUUAGAGCAGUAUUUUGUGCAACAAGGAGGAGGGCCUGAUAAAAAGGGGCACCAGUUCUCCUGUGUUUGUCUUCACGGUGACAGAAAGCCUCAUGAGAGGAAGCAAAACUUGGAACGAUUCAAGAAAGGAGAUGUAAGAUUCUUGAUUUGCACAGAUGUAGCUGCCAGAGGAAUUGAUAUCCAUGGUGUUCCUUAUGUUAUAAAUGUCACCUUGCCUGAUGAAAAGCAAAACUAUGUCCAUCGAAUCGGCAGAGUAGGAAGAGCUGAAAGGAUGGGGCUGGCCAUUUCCCUGGUGGCAACAGAAAAAGAGAAGGUUUGGUACCACGUAUGUAGCAGCCGUGGAAAAGGGUGUUACAACACAAGACUCAAGGAAGAUGGUGGCUGUACCAUAUGGUACAAUGAGAUGCAGUUGCUGUCUGAGAUAGAAGAACAUCUGAACUGUACCAUUUCUCAGGUUGAGCCAGAUAUAAAGGUACCAGUGGAUGAAUUUGAUGGGAAAGUUACUUAUGGUCAAAAAAGAACUGCUGGUGGUGGAAACUAUAAAGGCCAUGUGGAUAUUUUGGCACCUACAGUUCAAGAGCUGGCUGCCCUUGAAAAGGAGGCACAGACGUCUUUCCUGCAUCUUGGCUACCUUCCUAACCAGUUGUUCAGAACCUUCUGAUCUGAUUUUAACAUACACUGAAUAAGAUUUGAAUAAUAAAAGUCUAUAGUGUUAAAACUCUAAAAUAGUUGUACUGCUUCCAAGCAGCAGUAUUUAUAGUAACUUAAGCUAUUAAUGCUAACUCUUGCAUGUCAAGAAACAUCAGUCUUAGGAAUUCUUCAUAGAAUGGCAACCUAAUGAAAAUAAUAAAUUUGAUGACUAUAUUUUCAUGAAA